UCGACUCGAUCGCAUUCGACUCGAUCGUGUUCGACUCGAUCGAGUCGAGCACGAUCGAGUCGAGCACGAUCGUGUCGAACUCGAUCGAGUCGAACACGAUCGCCUGGACUCACGAUCGACUCGAAAACGAUGGAGUCGAACACGAUCGAGUGGAACGCGAUCGAGUUGAUCAUGAUCGAGUCGAACACGAUCGAGUCGAACACGAUCGAGUCGAGCACAAUCGAGUCGAACAAGAUCGAGUCGAACGCGAUCGAGUCUGUCAUAAUCGAGUCCGACAUGAUCGAGUCGAACAUGAUGAGCCUGGACUCGCGAUCGAGUCGAACACGAUCGAGCUGGCCUGUCACUCUCAUGCCGAAUGAGAUCGUGUUGACCACGGGCACGAUCACGAUCGAGUUGAACACGAUCGCGGAUGCCUCGUCACGAAGGAGAUGCUGCCUUAUCACUAUCUGGAACUUUUCUGCUCCUCGUGCCAUGCCAACGUUGUGCGACCUUCUGAUUUUUUGCUUUGCGGUGAUGUGCUCUUUCGAGUUGACGAUGGUCCUGAAUGGAAGAGGGGAAAGAAUACCAAACAUUAAACACGUCGCUCUUCGAUGGGCCAAACACGCGGGGUUUGGAAAGUUGCUGGUUGAUGUGUUCAACCCACCAGAGACAUUGGAAGUGAAGUUGCCUAACCUCGUUGACGUCGUCGGUUUUUUCGACAGUAAUGUGAUCGCGGGCAGAGAGCCGGUUGUGCAUCCAGCGGACCGCAUAUCAGAGCCUAAACGUGUGCUUUCGAGAACUGUGGAGACAGGGCCUUCGAUCACGAUCCACGAUACGCCGCCUGGUCCGAAAGUUGGGCAGAUAGGAGAGAAGGGUCCGUGCCGCGGACUGGUCGAACCGUCAGCCCCUAUGAAGACCAGGCCAACGACGACCAAAACACCCGUUGCCUUGGGCAGCCGAUCGCGCUAUGAUGUGGCCACCAAGGGACAUCUCCCCUUGGUGGGCCAGCAGCGCUAUGACUACACUGUGCCGGGCCGCGUAGAGGAAGUCCAUGAGUAUUUUGAAGAUGAGGAUGAAGAGAACAACGAGGAAUAUUCGGAACGAGCAGGAGGACAGGAACAGUAUGCUGCGGGUGUCGGCGGGAUGACAAGGCAUCCAGGAGAGACAAGUAAAGUGGUUGGACAGGAUGAAGACAGUGAACACACUGUGAGCACAUCGGGUGGGGAGGUUGGUCCGGCAGGAGGAUAUGGGAGCAACUACGAAUUAUAUGAGGGGGAUGUGCACGCGACAGUGGCUGUGGCUGGGCAUACAGAUGCUGCAGGGCUCGCUGAGCGAAAGAGGAAGCACAGGCGGGAGAGGAAAAGUCUUAUGGAUAAUAAACGGAGCAGUGUGAUACUGACUCCUAAGCGAAGUGGAGCUGCUGAACGUGCUGGGAAACAUUCAACGAAAACAUAUGUGGAAAUGGUGAAGAUUGAAAGAACAAUGUUGAGGAUGUUUCACUACUUCGUCUUCAUUUCUGACCCUCACAGGAAGUCGUCAGAGUGGACGGAACCAUUCUUCAACAACCUUUCCGAUUUGUUUGAUAAGUACUCUGAUGAAGGAUUGACGUCCGAGAGGUGGAUAGACCAGCGUCGCCAUUUCAAAGAGAUGAGUUGGGUGCGAAUGUUCCCGGCUACACUUGGAGGAGAGGAGGAAAAAGUAGAAGAGGGCUUCAAGAAAUCAGCGUCACUUGCUGCGAAGUGCCCCGAAGAGUUCGUGCAGUUUGUCAACAAGCUGCUGCGCAUAUUAGAAACCAGGGAGAGAAGGCCAAAGAUGUUGGCUGAUGUCGUGGAGAAGAACUUCACGCCCACGAAGUUGAAAAUGGUAGGUAUGGAGCGAAGGGAGAAAUUGGUGUACGAAGGUAUGGAAAGAGAGCCAAAUGCGAUGGUGGAGACAUUGGAGCAUUUUUGUCCUGCGGAUGAGGCGGUUGUUUUCCUGGGAAAAGGUCAUGCGGCGUUGAUUUGGGAGUUGUUAAAGAGUCACCGUUAUUGCAUUGUUCUGGAAGGGGAGGGUAUGAAGUUCGAGUUUCUCAUUCAAUUCGUCACCAAGAUGAUCAAGAGUGGACUUUACCUCGCCAAAUUUGUUAAGCCGCCUCCUCGACAUGAUGAAAAGCGUGAUCUCGUCUACAAAGUCGGCAAAAACAUCGUCAACAUUUGGGAGUUCCUUUUCGAGACUAAGCCAGAAAACAGAGGGGAACGUACAUAUGUCGUCAGAAGACGAAAAAUGGAAUCACUUCUGAGGGGGUAUCAUAAGGCACCGGCAGAGACGGAAGUUGCAUUUCUACACCUACUGCGACUUAAUCCGAAGGUUUCUCAAUCAAGACUGAAUGCAAGGACAGAAGAAAUCUUUGAGGAGUUCAAAACAUCUCGAUGGCUUGAGUAUCUGGAAGAGUUCUAUGAUCGAGAAACAAGUCCAACUUUUGGAUAUAAUUGGCGUAUCGAAGAGGAACUUGAAGACCAAGUUGGGGAAAGGAAAGGAGCGAGCGGCGAUGAGAGUGGCAAGGGAUCAGGAUCAGGCGGCGGUGCGCUUGGCAAGGGAACAAGAUCAAGUGGUGGUGAACAUGGCAAGGGCCUGGGACCGAGCGUCGGUGCAAGUGGAAAGCCAAUAAGUCAUGGUGAACUGCAAAAACACGAAAUGUGUCAAGGGCGUCAAGCAACAGAGGGAAAAGUAUCAGGACCAAGCGACGGUAGACAUGACAAGGGAUCGGGUUCGCCUCUGGGAUUAGGACCAAGCAACGGUGCACAUUGCAGGGGAUCGGGUUCACCUAUGGGAUUAGGACCAAGCAGCAGUGCACAUGGCAGGGGAUCGAGAGGCGAUGCAAGUGGCCAGGAUUUGGGAGGAAGCGGCGGUGAAAGCGUCAAGGGCGUAAGUCAUGGAGAACUGCCGAAAUGUGUCGAGGACGUCCUUCCGGAUGACCAAGUUUGGGUGACCACUGUGUUGGUGAGUAAGACUGUUACUGCGCAAGUGGAUAAUACUUGUGCACUUGCAGAAUUAGAGAUGUCAUUGGAUAUGCCAGCUGAGAAAGAUGAACAUGAGGUCUCUCUGGACAUGAAGAAUGAAAGCACGACUGCAGGUGCAAACGAAACUGCCAAUGUACAGGCCAUCGAAGAGGAUGAAGGACAUAUAGUACUAAGUACACGGGAGCAACAUACGCUUGUAUAGCCUGAACUUACGGUUGCAAAAUCAGAAGCACAACAGUCUGCUAAGCUCGUGAUAUCUAUCGAUGAAUCUCCUUUUACACCAUCG